CCGUGGUGUUAACAUUAAAUUCGGAGUGUAUUUGGUUUUGUUUUUUCUGUCGCAAAGAAAUCUUCCGCAUUUUAUUCGUUUAAUUUUUGAUCGAGAUUACUUUUAAUUAGGCACUACUAUACCCUCCUUGAUGCUUCGAAGGGGUAUUUGAUUCACACUUCCGCAAACAGAAUACAGCUGGAUUAUUCCAUUUUGUCUUUAAUAGAUAAUAUUUCUCACUCACACGAAGAAUUUGAUGAAUUUUACACUUUCAUAUCCGACUGUUUUGGUGAUUUUAUUAACAUGUCAUUUUAUUGUGAAAGGCGAAAACAAUUGCAGUGCUCUAAUGCAGUUGCUCCAGUCAACUGGAGUUUCACUAGAGAUCAAGAACAAAGGUUUUCACAGAGAGGUGGAGACAACAGUUGAACUCUGGCCUGGUGCGUUCAGGGACGUCCGGGUUUUGCUUCUUUACAGUUGGCCAAGGGGCAUCUAUGUGGACCCCUACCAGCUUGCAUUCCUCAGUGAUGCAGUUAAUUGGCAGAUAUUAGUGGAUUCCACCAUUGACCUGGAGGUGCCUGCACACAAAGCUUCCACAUUUGUCACCUACGUUUAUCCGUCCUUUAGUGAGGAAACCCCUGACAAGCUCAAAGUUAGCAUCCCCAUCCAUGGCCGCUAUCACCAGCCGUCCUUUGUUGGGAAAACCGUUGAAUCCAUUGCUAUAGAACCACCGAAGCUUCUUGUACGCACUGAGGAAUGUUUACAACUCGGUAAUUUGGAGCCCCACAUGGCAACACGUGCACCGUGCAGUGCCGACAAUGCCAGCAGGUGUCUGUGGGUUCAAGUGCAACAUAAGCAGUGGCCUGGUGCCCAAACUUUGCUUUUACCGGUGGGAGACGGUUCUCUGGUGGUGCCGGUGUGCGGCGUUACAAUGGUGGUCACCAUGAUCUGCUGUUUGCUGCUUUCGAAAUAUAUGUGGAAGCAUCGAAUUUUGUAAAAUGUGAUGGUUUCUGUGUCUUUUUAACUCUGGGCUGCCAUUAAAGGUGAUAGACGCCUAUUUCAUUUGAAGUGGAAGGGUUGGCAGAGAAUGAACAACUGUUCAGUCGCAGCCACUCUCCCAGUUCAAAUGGAUUGGACAAUUAACAGCAGAAGGAUGAAAAGCGCCACAUGAUUAGACUUAUUGUCAAUGGCGCUGAAAGUUGAUAUUUUGUUGAUGAUAAUUAUAAUUAUUUCAAUGUGAAUAAAGUGGUGCCGAUUUUAAUUGA